GUACCCAACAAUUUUUGUAUUGUCAACAAAUAAUCCGCCCAGAUUUGGUUACCAACAAAACCUUUUUUGUCUCAACAAUCGAUACAACCAAAGCCCCCCUGAAAAAGUUCGUUCAUUUAUUCCCCCUUCAAACACACGACCACACACACACACACACACACAAAGAGAGAAAGAAAUGGCAUCUCUGUUUCAAGCAAUUGCUGGAACUUCAACAGCAGCAGCCCUGUCCACCAAUUUCACUUCUCGCAAUUCCCUUUCAGACAGGAAAGCUAGUUUUGUUGUGGUAAGAUGUGGUGGGGUGAAGACAGACGGUGUUUCGAACCGAAUAGUUGGCAGAGCUGACCAGCUGGUUACAAAAGCUGUUGCGACAAAGGCUGAUACUCCACCAGCAUCAACUGCAUCGAAACCAGGACAUGAAUUAUUACUCUUUGAAGCACUUCAAGAAGGCUUGGAAGAAGAAAUGGAAAGAGAUGCACGUGUAUGUGUCAUGGGAGAAGAUGUAGGCCAUUAUGGUGGUUCAUACAAGGUCACAAAAGGACUCGCUGAUAAAUACGGUGAUCUGAGAGUCCUUGACACCCCCAUUGCUGAAAACUCAUUCACUGGGAUGGGAAUUGGAGCCGCCAUGACUGGCUUAAGACCAAUCAUUGAGGGAAUGAACAUGGGUUUCCUCCUCCUUGCUUUCAAUCAAAUCUCCAACAACUGUGGUAUGCUCCACUAUACAUCUGGUGGUCAGUUCAAAAUCCCGAUUGUCAUUAGAGGACCAGGAGGAGUUGGGCGCCAGCUUGGUGCCGAGCAUUCCCAACGUCUCGAGUCAUAUUUCCAGUCCAUUCCUGGAAUCCAGAUGGUAGCUUGCUCAACCCCUUAUAAUGCGAAGGGGCUAAUGAAAGCAGCUAUCCGGAGUGACAACCCGGUCAUCCUUUUUGAACAUGUUUUACUCUACAACCUCAAAGAACGGAUUCCUGAUGAGGAAUACGUUUUAAAUCUUGAGGAAGCUGAAAUGGUCAGGCCGGGAGAACAUAUCACCAUUCUGACAUAUUCCCGGAUGAGGUAUCACGUGAUGCAGGCUGCCAAUACUUUGGUCAACAAGGGUUAUGACCCAGAAGUCAUUGAUAUCAGGUCUUUAAAGCCAUUUGAUCUUUAUACAAUUGGAAACUCGAUUAAAAAGACACACCGUGUGCUUAUUGUGGAGGAAUGCAUGAGAACCGGUGGAAUUGGUGCCAGUCUGACUGCAGCCAUCAAUGAAAACUUCCAUGACUACUUGGAUGCACCAGUUGUGUGUUUAUCUUCACAGGAUGUGCCAACCCCAUAUGCAGGGACUCUAGAAGAAUAUACCAUAGUUCAGCCACCUCAGAUUGUGGCUGCAGUGGAGCAACUCUGCCGUUAGAAAGGUGGUUAACAGUAGAAAUGAAAGACAAUAGUCUCCAUUCUCGUACUGGUAUCAUUGCUUUGCUUUUUUUUUUUUUUUUUGCUCCUAUAUGUUAUGUAAUUCACCCAUUUAUAUACUUAUGUGCUUUUCAUUUUCUUUUCGUUCUAGACUUCUAGUUAUGUUUCUUAUAUAUGGACCCUUGGUUUUUAUAAGAACAAGAUUCUUGGAUUCUUGCAAGGAUAACUGAAAAUGAAAUUGGUGCUUCUUUUGCUUGUACCUCUUGUAUUGGUUGUA